AUGGCGGUCACGAAUUCGUAUAUUUUUGAAUACGGGGACCUAGUACAGAGAGAUGAAGAUAAUGACGGGUGUGUUACAAACUGUCCUACACUACCCAAGUGUGUUUGUAGUAAAAAGAAUGAAGUUUGUUUUCAAGUUUCACAGACAUGUGCCAAAUGUGCUUACAACAAGUGUGAGAUCGAUCCGUCAUCUCACCACACAAAUACAGGAGCAAUUGUUGGUGGGGCUAUCGGAGGAGUUGUGCUUGUUGCCUUGCUCGCUGCGUUAUAUUAUUAUUUUCGUGUGUACAAGAAGAAGCCACCAGUAUUGUUAGAUGACGAAUAUGACUACAGUUAUCAGGAUGAAGAUACAGACGGGAUUGUUUCCGAUAAGGGGGGAGGAUAUGCGUUGCAUAGUUUGGCCAGUAGAGGAGCCAAUAACUCACGGUCUAACAUUCUGGACCAAUUAAGUCCAACAGAGUCACAUUUCUCUGGUAUUGGUAAACGCGAAGGUCACUUGAAUAAUACGGUCUCUUCUCCAACACAUACUCACUUUGGUAAAGAUGCAACUGCAACUGCAACUGCAACUGCAACUGCAACUACAACAGCAACUGCGGCAAGGGCAGGGGCAGGGGCAGGAGCAGGACAAAAGGGUCCUCACGGGGGGCAUAAUGGUGCAGUUGCUGGCUCAGCUACACUUGAACGACCGCCCAUGCGUCGGGUACUUUCUGGUGAGGCAAGGGCUAAAGCCAAAAGAAGAAUAUCUUCAUAUGAAUCAUUCACUCGUCCAAAUGCUCUUAAACUGAAGUCAAGACAACAACAACAAUUGGCAGCUCAACAAAGGCGAGCAAGGCAGCAGAAGAUUAUCAAACAAGCUAAUAUGCACCAACAGCAACAACAGCAGCACAUGCAACAGCAGCAGCAGCAUCCACAGGGAAGCGAUGGAGCUAAUCAAAUUUACAUGAAUCAUUCACAUAGGAGUUCAGUUGCCACAUCGAUUUCCAAUGCGUCAAACAUAUUACCAAUUGCCUAUAUUCCCGGUGUCACCGUUCGACCAACUAAGAACAAUACGAGGUCUUUAUAUUCUUAUGAUUCAGAGUCUUUGUUUUCUGAUUUGAACACAAUUGAGAAUGCCAGUAUUGUUGGAGAGAAUGUAGCUGGUGUUCAAGGACAAGCAGCCAGUGUUCCCCCAAGUGGAGGUGGUAAUGGCACAGGUGCUGUUACAAAUGCAUCUCCAGCGACAAUGACUGCAAUCAAAGCUCAACCUAAAUUGGUAAAUGUAGACAAGAUAGAGGAAGAGGAAGAAGAUGAAGAUUUGAAUGAAGAGGAUGAAGAUUCAUUUGAUAUAAUCCCCCAUCACGGAUUUACUAUAAAGUCAAUUCGGGAUGACACAGAUGAUAGUGAUAUUGAUUCGGAUAUUGGUCAAAUUACAAGAGCGACAUCAGUGAAACGAUUGAAUAAGAAAAGCAUUAGUCAUUCCGAUGUUGAAGGUACGACAAUGAGAAGUUCAGAUCACACGCCAAGUAGUCUAGCGCAUACUCGGGAGAUUUUGAUAAACAGUGAAUCGUCACUGAAUAUAUCUCAUAUUCCUGCUGAUGUGAUUCGAUAUAAUGAUACUGACUCCAAUCGAGAUGUUGCAUCCACUGUUGGAUCAUUCCUUUUUGACAUUGAAUUUGAGGACAAUUCUGCAUCUUCACCGUCAAAUAUUGCUUUUGAUGAGUCGAAUCGCAAGGGGAGUCCAUUUGCUGACGGUAGUGAUUAG